CCAACAAUCUCUCGAACCGUCAACGUGUCAAGCGGAUAGUUUUCGUUUAAAUUUAUUUGGACUUGAGUGUUUUACGCGUUUUAAAAGUCAGAACCAGCCUUGUUUUCCGUGCGGAGUGCAGCUGACCAAAAGGAUACCAAACCGCGAACAAAGCCAAAUCGAAAGACUUAGGAAGCGAACGCGAUGACGACAGGCAAGAAAUGGCCAGAAACCCAGGGCAUUUGGCUCCUGCCCGUUUUGCUGCUGCUGGUUGGACAGGUCACCACACAGGAACCGCCGGCAGCUCCCUCCGAAUUCGCGCCCCAUGUGACCGCCACUUGCAAGGCGGGCACGAUGAACAUCAAGGUGAAGAUGAACUCCGGCUACACGGGAGCGGUCCACGUCCGGGACUACCGCACUCCGGGCUGCAUGGCCAUGGGCGAUGGCAGCGACUCGGUAGCCUUCAGCCUGAAUCUCUGGGCCAAGCAGGGCGCCAGCGACUACUGCGGCAUCCUGGUCAGCAACGUGAGUGGAAGCAAUCGCACCGAGGAGCGUUCCAUUCAGCUGGCAGUGCGUGUGCACAAGACUCUGGAAUUGGCGGACGAUAAGUUUUAUGUGAUUACCUGUGGCAAAUCGGGCUAUGCGCGCGAUGACAAUGCCCAUGUCGUGCUCAAGUUCCUGGAGAACGACCACAGAGUGCGUGAAACGGUCUACGGGCAUGAGUACAAGAUCCGCGCCGAGUUCUCCAAGCCAAACGAUACCUAUGGCCUGCGUGUGGGCAACUGCUUUGCCUUUGACAAGAAGAACAGGACCCAAAAGCUCACCGACGACAGCGGCUGCCCCUACGACUCGAAGAUCAUCAGUCGCUUUGUGCCCACAGCAGAUGGUCGAGCUGCCGAGGCGGUGCUCUCCUCGAUGUUCAAGUUCCCUGAGGGAUCGGAGGUGCAUCUGCAGUGCGAUGUGAUCCAGUGCUAUGGUCGCUGUGUGGAGAUCGAUGACUGCAACGAUGUGGCCCUCGCUGGGUUUGGCAAGGGCACCAAUGGACCCCGGAAAUUCGGGCCAAAUGAGGAGGGCUCCAGUUUGGCUGGCACCACGGUCUAUGUGCUCGAUCCCGCCGAGGCUAGAUUAGUGUCGGGCAACUGCGAGGAUGGUAUCCGACCCAGUUGGCUGCUCUGGCUGACCAUCACCCUGGGCGUACUCUUCCUGAUCAUGCUGCUGAUGAACAUCUUCCUCUGCACAGCCAUGAGUUGCAGUUGCGCCAAUACAGAGAUUAUCGAGAAGGAGCCAUCGAUCAUCGAGGAAUACGAUCCGUAUCGCAGUUGGCAUGGAAGUCAAUAUGGAUCCCGUUACUCGCUCCACGGCAGGGAUGCCCACAAGGGUUACACCAGCGGCGGCUCCACGAUACACUCAAAUAGGUCUGAUAGAUAUUAAGCUGCAUCCACAAAAUCAAAAAAAAAAACAAAAACAAAACGACAGAAAACACACACAACACACCUCUAUUCUAUGUACACUUCGAAAUGCAUCUGCUCUGCUCUCGCAAAUUAUUUUCUGGUUGCUCUGGAGCCACACACACAAAAACCAACAACAAAACAAAAGCAUGCCAACAAAGUAUCUUGUAUCUGCGUAUCUCUAUGUAUCGUAAAUAUAUACAUCUUUAUUGCCCGCCCUGCUAGACAGCAAAAAAGAAGGAAUUACCACACAACAGAUCACAAAAAACAGAACCAAUCCAAAACAUAGAAUGCAAAACCAACUGUAAUUAACCGAUAGUAAAUUGCAUUUUCCUACCGGUAAUAACUAACUCCUUAAACCAAAUCGAAAAACUAACUAAUUUGAACGAGUUGCUAACUAAUCUGCCAUGAAGAUCUUCCUCAAACACCCACUUUCUGUAAUUUGAAAUGUACUGUAUUAAAUCGAAACUUAUCCAACGUCCUUCAAAGGUCGAUGCCAAUCGAUAAUGAUAACGAUUACGCAAUUGUGCAUUCGCGUCCAGGCUCUAGGCAUUCCACGUUACACGGACAGCGCGCCCAUCGGGGACCGCCCAGUAAUAUAUGAUCAUAGGAUCAGAUCCCAAUCGAUAGGAACGCGACAAUAAAGAACACUAAUUCUGUAAGCUAGCCUAAGUACUUCCCAAAUCUACAUCUCGAACUUGAGUCUCAAAUGUACAUAACUAAGUGAAAUUGCUCGCCCUGCAAGUUUUCCAAAUUUCUUUAAAAACAAAACUAUGGUAUUGACGAUGCCGCUGUAAAAUACUAAUCUAAACAUACUAAAGUUCUCUUUGCCUAAUUUUAAUUCAACCACUUAACAUAAGUCAUUAGUCUGUCAUAAGUGCGAACGAAUGUGUAUUAGUGAAAUGUUUCAACUACUUGUAAAAAUAAACAAAGGCAGGCCAACAAAAUUAAUUUAAAAUAUAUAAACAACUACAGUAUAGUCUAAAAUGUUAAGAAGCAAACAUUUGGCAAAUGCGUUAAACGUACGAAUUGUAAUUAAUUUAAAGUGUAAUCAUUUAAUUUAAUAAAAACUAAAAAAGAA